AAUGCACAAUCACUGUUUUGUUUGGUUUUAAGUAUAGACGAUAACAACUCAAAUUUCACAAAAUGUUAGCGUAUAGAUUUAUUCCGUUGCUGAUGAUUGUUAUUCUGUAUCUACGGAUAAGCGAGGGCUGUAGAUGUGGAAUAAUAGGAGAAAAGGCACGCUUCUGUUACGCCCAAUCCGCCAUUAUUGGCACCGUAAUCCAGGAGAGGAGGCCUGACACUGAGAAUAUAGUCUACACCAUUUGGGUACAGCGUAAUAUGAAGCCAGUGAAGAUACAUUCAGUGAUACCGAUUGAAGUUCAUACUUCGUCAGUUUCAUCUAUGUGUGGUGCACAGCUGGAAGUGGGCAAAACUUACCUUCUAGCAGGUGGAUUGCAUGAAGGUGUCCAUUCCCUUAGCGUCUGUCACAUAAGCCGCGAGAUGUCUCUUCUUGAAGCCUGGAAUUACGUGGCCCCUACCUGUUCAAUUAAAAAAAUGAUGAGAUAAUCUGUCGUAUAGUGCAGAUGAAGACUUAAAUUAUUGAAAAGUAAUACAUUGUUGUCUUUUGUGUAACAUGUAUUUGCGUGAAACUAUUAAAAGCAUUGAACGAGCUGA